UUGAUAUAUAUAAAAUUUGUAAAAUAAUCCUUAUCACUAUAUUUCUCAAUCGAAAUUUCUUGAAAGCAACAGUGCAAAAUUACCAUACAUCGAAAUGUACUAGAUGUCGGAAUAAGUUUGAGAGCUUUCAUUGUUCGAACGAGAAUAUUUACACGUUCUAUCUUUGUAAACAUGUAUUAGUAUUAUUAAAAUCCAAAACAAGAAAUUGCAGAACCUAUUUUACUAAUCAUAUAAUUUAACAAAAAACGAAGAAAUUUCUUAUUGUAUAAAGUUAUUGAUGUGUGUUUUUUAUUUUGUACGUCAGUUGAUGUAAUCGUCAAUAAUAUAUUAUCUCUCUAUAAAAUUUCAACAAAAUUAAGACAUAUUUGCCAACAUCGUUGACAGUCACAUAAAUGGCACAUUUAUUUACAUGUAUGUGGGACUCCUCAAUGUUCCUGAGCACCCUAACCCCGAAAUUCUACGUAGCAUUGACAGGAACUUCAUCGUUAAUAUCCGGUCUUAUUCUCAUAUUCGAAUGGUGGUACUUCAGAAAAUAUGGUACUUCUUUUAUCGAACAAAUAUCUUUGAAUCAUAUUUCACCUUGGAUUGGUGGAGGUGACAGUGGAGCUGAUAAUGCUAACUCAAAUUUAAAUAAUUCCAAUGGUUCUAAUCAACAGAACGUUCCUGAAUGUAAAGUUUGGCGUAAUCCAAUUAAUUUAUUUAGGGGUGCAGAAUAUCAAAGAUUUUUCUGGGCAACUAACAAAGAGCCACUAACAUAUUAUGAUAUGAAUUUAUCUGCUCAAGAUCAUCAAACAUUUUUUACUUGCGAAGGUGAUACAGGUAAAGAUGAAUAUGAAAUUAUGCAAACAGCUUGGAGAGAACGGAAUCCUGUAAUUAGAAUAAAAGCUGCACACAGUGCUUUAGAAAGUAACCCAGACUGUGCACCAGCUUAUAUUUUACUCGCCGAAGAAGAAGCUACUACAAUCAUAGAAGCAGAAAAGAUUUUAAAACAAGCAUUGAAAGUAGCGGAAAGUAAUUAUAGAAAAUCUCAAAGUACGCAACAUCAAGGCUCUAUUGCAGAAACGAUACACAGAAGAGACACAAAUGUACUUAUUUAUAUCAAAAGACGUUUGGCUAUGUGUGCGAGGAAACUUGGAAAAUUGAAAGAAGCAGUAAAAAUGUUCAGGGACUUAACGAAAGAAGUACCACCAAUUAUGAAUGUUUUGAAUAUCCAUGAAAAUCUAAUAGAAGCUUUAUUGGAAAUGCAAGCAUAUGCUGAUGUUCAAGCUGUUUUAGCAAAAUACGAUGACAUAAGUCUACCAAAGUCAGCCACUAUAUGUUACACAGCUGCAUUAUUAAAGGCAAGAUUGGUUGCUGACAAGUUUUCACCAGAUAUAGCUAGCAAAAGAGGAUUAACCACAGCAGAAAUGUCUGCGGUAGAAGCUAUUCAUAGAGCAGUAGAAUUCAAUCCUCAUGUACCAAAAUAUUUAUUAGAAAUGAAACCCUUAAUUUUACCACCUGAACAUGUUUUAAAAAGAGGAGAUUCAGAAGCUAUAGCUUAUGCAUUUUUCCAUCUUGCACAUUGGAAACAAAUGGAAGGAGCUCUUAAUUUAUUACACUGUACAUGGGAAGGAACAUUCAGAAUGCUACCAUACCCUUUAGAAAGAGGACAUUUGUUUUAUCCAUAUCCAACAUGUACUGAAUGUGCAGAUAGAGAACUUUUACCUACUUUCCAUGAUGUCAGCGUUUAUCCGAAAAAAGAAUUGCCAUUUUUUAUUUUAUUUACAGCCGGUUUGUGCUCCUUUACAGCACUCUUGGCUUUGCUGACUCAUCAGUAUCCUGAUACGAUGGGUGUAGUAGCACGAGCAAUGCUCGCUUGGUUCUCUUAUCCUUUUUAUUACAUUUUGGAUAAGUUAGAAACUGUCUUGCCGUCUAAUUUAUUGCAACAGCUCUCUAGAAUAUAAGAAAUUUUCUUAUGAUCUCUAUUAACCAAGACCUAUUGUGAUAUUUAUAUUUUUUUUUCUUCUUUAGAUAUGCUUCUUUGAAGCAUAUUUUACAUGUUCGCGUAACACGUCUUCUUCCUUACUUACAUUUUUAUGACUGAUGAUUGGAUAUAGUAUAUAUUUAUAGUAUGAAUUAAUUAUUUAGCGUUAUAAGUCAAUUAAAUCAGUAACCUACUGGAACAGGUAAAAGUGAUUAAAAAAAAAAAACAUGUAGAAAUGCUUACGGCACUUACCAUUUUGGAACUUUCGUUUCUUACUUUACUGUUUUAUUUAUUUAUUUAUUUGUUGCCGUAAAUAGUUUGUGCAAUAACGUAUAUAGCUUUUAAAUUUAAAGAAGAAAUGAUUAACACAAAAUUUUCAUUGUGAAUUUUCGGUGUAUACCUAGGUAUAUAUAUUUAUAUUUUUAUAUUCGAUUCUUUAAUUGAAUAAUCACUUAAGCGACAUAACUUGUUAUUCUGUUUUCUUCUAUCAAGAGAACAGAGAAAAAUUAUGGAACUUUAUGCUUGUUGUAUUGUUAUUGGAUUUUGUAUAAUAUAUAUAAAAACGAAAAAGAACGGUAAUGAUAUAAAUGAUUUCGAAUCAAUUAUUCGAUGAUAAAAUUAUAAAUUUAAUUUUUUAUGUUGUGAAUUAGAUGCACCUUGCUUGCAUAGUUAUUUAAAGGAUAUGUAGAUAGAGUACACGUACAUAUCAUUGCAUUCGUAUUUAUUCGAUAUUUCAUAUUAUCAAUAGCUCUUAAUGAGUUGAGAGAACAAACAAGACCAGGUAUAUUCAUAUUUUGCAUAUUGAUAAUGUAAAACAUAGCUUAUAAAUGUUACAUAAAUGAAAUAAAUACAAUUGUAA